GGGAAAACCCCGACGCGAGCCUCAAGGGGAGUCCAUCGCCUCUCGCUCACAUCCACCCAUCCGUGUGGACAACUGCUGGGCCAUGUCUCAAUUACGCCUGCUCACCACACUCCUAACCUUCACACUCGUGCUGAUUGCUCCAGUCUCUACAGAGGACAAUCAAGAGGAUUGCCCCCAAGGAAGUUACAGAACCGAAACCAACAUCUGCUGCUAUCUGUGCCCUGCAGGGACGCACAAGAGCCACGAAUGCACAACGCAUGGACAGUUCCCAGUCUGCCUGUCGUGCAUAGAUAAAUCAACGUUCACAGACUCCGCAAAUAACCUCACAAGCUGCCAAGCAUGCAAAAUCUGCGACAAAAGCGAACUCUUUGAACGCCAGUGCAGCACGAUUAGCGACACGGUGUGCACGUGCAUCAAAGGACUACACAGACCGAGUCCGUCCCAGGCCUGCGAGGACAUUGAAGGCUCCAAGGGUUGGAUUUGGGCCGUCGUGCCCGUCGUGAUGGUGACUGUGGCUGGAUUCGUUGGCCUCAUAUUUUGGAUGAAGAAACUGCAAGGGAAAAGAUCUCGUCUACUCAAGGACACCGAAGUUGAGAUGCAACUGCUGCAUGGCGACGACCACUCCAUGCCAACCCCAGUGGAACCACAGGUGGAGGUUGUCGUUGUGAGAGAUGCCGUGGAGAUGAUCCAAGAGAAGAUGGCCUCGAGUGGAGGUGCCGUGUGGACGUGGCUGAGUGACAGCCGCUUAGAGCUGCUGGGGAGUGGAGGUGGUGGGGUCGGGCCGCACCUCUUGCUCGACCUCUUCCUGCGGGAGCUCAUCGACGAGGUCGAGUACUGGAAGGCACGCGGCCUCCCUGAUGCGUCGCGACGGGCACACUACGUCAUCGGCCUCGUGGUAGACAGAGGAGAGGAGGCCUGCGGGAAGUUCAGGGACAUUUACAAGGACUUCAGUAGCAGGAAGAGAACAUUUCUAGACAUGCAGAGACAGGCUGAAAUCUGCUCACCAACAUUCGACCCGAACACAGCAAACAAGAUGCUCCUCCUGUCCACGGACCUCAAGACAGUGACGAGAGCAACUCAUGCUCAUCCGUACCCAGAUCACGGGGAUAGGUUUGUGAGUCACCCCCAGGUGCUGUGCUCUGAGAAAUGCAUCUCCGGGCGCCACUACUGGGAGCUGCACGUGGGCUGUGCAGAGCAAUACAUGGUCGGUGUCGUUAGUACGAAUGUGUCCAGAAGUGGUGGGGAAGGUGAUCUGGGACACAGCGCUGCUUCCUGGUGCGUGUGGAGACGUGACGCUGAGCUCGUGGCUGCUCACGAUGGAGAAGUCACCGUGCUGAACCCGCCAGUGCCUCCCCAGCGAAUCGGGCUUCACCUGGACUGUGACCAUUCGAAGCUCACGUUUGUUUGUGCCGAGACCAUGACGCCUCUGCACACUUUUACACAUAUGUGGGAACGCCAUUUUAUGUCUACAAAGAAGUGUCGUUUUUAUCCUGUCGUGUGUCUGCACAGCGGUUCGAUCACCAUAGCCCAACCCCUCAGUGGUGGCGUCUCCACUCUUGAGAAGAGUCCAAAACCCGCGUCUGGGUCUACGGCAGAGGGCUCUCAGAUGGCACUGCUGCUGUCUAGGAGACCCUAUCUCUUACUGCAUGAGAUGUUGAUGCAGGGCCACAUCAAGGAGCACGUCUACUGGAAGGCGUACAUGGAAAAAGACUCCAGAAAGUGUGAAAAGUUCAUCCGCGAGGAAGUUAAACGUGUAAAGAAGGACGGGGAGCUCAAGGUAGUGAUGGAAGCCACUAGAAGCAAUGAAAGAGACUUCCUCGCCAUGUUACAAUCGUCAGAAAGGUGCUCUCCCACCGUGAAUCCCAAUUCCGUGAACUCCGACCUCCGCCUCUCCGUCGACCUCAGGACGGUGACUCUGUCCUCCGAGCACCACUCUUACCCCCACCACCCCGAGCGCUUUGAGAACUCUGCUCAGGCGCUGUGCCGCGAGGGCUUCUCCAGCGGCGCGCACUACUGGGAGGUGGACGUGGGCGGCGCGGAGCAGUUCAGAGUGGGCGUCGCGUGCGCCACUCUGCCGCGCGGAGGGAGCGCGGAGGCGCGGCUCCUGGGCGCGGGCGCGGACUCCUGGUGCCUGUGGAGACGCGAGGGCGGCUACGCGGCGAGCCACCGCGGCCGCCACACCGCACUGGCGGCCGUGCGCCCUCCUCCCAGGAAGAUCGGCGUUCAUCUGCAUUUGGAAGAGGGGCUCCUCUCGUUCUACUGCGCCGACACCAGGAGGCGGCUGCACUCAUUCAAUGCCACCGCCUUCCCAGGCCCUCUCUACCCCGCCCUGUGCGUGCACAAGGGGACGGUCACCAUACUUCGCCUGAGUCUACGGUUUGAGGAGGGUGAAGGAGCGACCGGUGAGGUGGGGAAGAGGAAUGAUGAGGAGAGAGCAGAAGAGAAUGGUCGUCAAAGUAAGGCUGGAGUAGCGAGUGAUGUGGGAGAGGGUGGAGGAGAGAAGAGUCAUUGGGUUGAUGGAGGAGAGAAGAGUGAGGUGGGCGAUAGUGGGGCAGGGAAGAGUGAUGGGUGGGAGAGCGGGAGAGUGAACCCUGAUCCUGAGGCGCAGGAUGGAGGAGCAGUGGUAAAUGCUGCAGGGGAGAGCGGCGAUGCGACAAAGGAAGAUGUGGAGACUUUUACAGACAACGUGAAAAGUAAAGUUACAAAGAAGAACCUUGUUGGAAAAUUCUUGAGUAAGACAGGAAGAAAGAGUGAUGAGCAUAGCACUAAGGCAAUGAAGAGUGAGGUUGGAGAGGAUGGGAGAGUGAAGGAGAGUGAAGGAGAGAAGCGUGAUGUGAGUCAGCGCGAUGCAAAGAAGAGCGGAGUCGUAGAAAUCGAAGUGGAGGGUGGAGGAGCAGUAGAAAUCACUGACGGGGAGAGUGGCGAUGCGAAGAAGGGAGCGGCGGCGACUUUAAAAGACAACGUGAAAAGUAAAGAUAAGAAGAACCUUGUUGGGAAAGUUUUGAGCAAGGCAGGAAUAAAGAGCGGUGUGCGUAGCGGUGAGGCAGUGGAGGCUGAGGUGGCGCAGGGUGCGAGAGUGAAGGAGCGUGGAGGAGAGGAGAGCGGAGGAGAGAAGAGUAUCGUGGUGAAGAGUGAAGAAGGGAAAUUCGACGGGUGCAAGAGUGAAGGAGAGACGAGCGAUGUGAGUAAGAGUGGAGUUGUAAAGAACGAGGUGGGAGGUGAAGGAGCAGUACAAAGCACCGCUGGGGAGAGUGGGGACACGGUGAAGGGAGCCGAGGGUUCUGUAAAACACAUCAUGAAGGAAUAACGCAGAACCUUGUUGGGAAAGUUUUGAGUAAGGCAGGAACAAAGAGCGGUGUGCGUAGCAGUGAGGGAGUGGAGAGUGAGGUGGGGCAGGAUGGGAGAGCGAAGGAGAGUGAUGUGGAGGAGAGUGGAAGAGUGAUGGAGGAGAGAAUGUCGAUGGCUACGACUGUCUGUUGAAAUGACGACAGUUGUCUCGGAAUCUUGGCACGAGUUUACGUCAUCCUUUGUGUUUUACAUUCGACCCUUGAUUAUCCGCGUGUGGGGUUUAUCCAAUCUGCGGAUCAACCGCGCACCUGAGAUUGACAUGAAUUAAUAACUCAUGGAUAUCCCCUUAAGCUCACGUUAAUAGCCUAAAACAGUUACACCUCGUUAUUCUUGGAAAUGUUUAUUACAAGUCACAUGGUGCUUAAACCGAACAAAUGUGCGCCGGUUAAGCCAAAAUCACGUGGUCGCCCCGACAGUACAGUAGUUUGCAUAUCUUUAUAAACUAGGGGCGGAGUUUGAUUGGAGUGGCUCUGCUGCUGUCCAAUUAGUGGGCGGAAUCUUCUUCUCGAGAGUAGGAAAGUCAUCACUGAGCGCGUGCAUCAAAUCGGUCGAUUGUUAGUUUUAGGCCAUUGUUUGUGUUUUAUUUGUAUGGACUUUUGUAAUUAAACAAGAUCAAUACAUUGAC